AAAAGAAUUAUGUACACACACGUGCGCAUACGUGCGAUUACCUAGAGAGCAGGAGAUGAUAUACUGUAAAAAAAAACACUGAAUAAUUACAGAGUGUACACAAUAUGAGUCUACACUGGAAAGUAUUUAACAAAAUAAAAACCCAAAGAACGCAAGUACCGUUGCUACAAGUGCUUGUAAAAACGUAUGCUAAUUCGUGCGAUCCACAAUGCUUUUCAAGGAAAACGUCGGAGUCUUCCAGGAAGAAGUUGCGAGAAUCUCCUGCAUUGUGUGCAACAUACGCCGCUGUUGCCGCAUCAGUGUUAGGUAUAUCUUUUUACUACAUCUUCAACUACAAAAGAAAUGUUUAUGCGCUCAAUGCUAUGGAAAAUGUAAAAUGUGGCCAAUUGCGAAAGGAUAUGAAGACGUACAGCUUGGAGGAAGUAGGAAAACACGAUAAAAAAGAAAAUCGCAUUUGGGUUACCUUUGGACAAGGUGUGUACGAUAUAACAGAUUUUGUAGACAAACAUCCAGGUGGCCCGUCUAAGAUUAUGAUGGCCGCCGGAGGUUCGAUCGAUCCCUUCUGGUCAAUUUUUGCGAAUCACAACACGGAGGAAAUAUACUCAAUGUUGGAAUCCAUGAGAAUUGGAAAUAUUUCGGAAGAUGACGCCAAGUCCAACAAGACCGACUCGUACGAUCCGUACGCAAACGAACCCAAACGGCAUAAAGCCUUAAUAGUUAAUGCUUCCAAACCGUUUUGCGCAGAACCACCGUCUUCUUUGUUGGUUGAGAGCUUUCUCACACCUACUGAUCUAUUUUACGUACGGAAUCAUUUACCGGUGCCACAAAUAGAUGUGAAGGACUACGCGUUGGAAUUAGCGGUAGAAGAUACAGUCAAAAAGACACUGAGCUAUGAAGCGAUAAAGAAGUACAAAAAACACACUGUAACAGCCGCUGUCAUGUGCGGAGGAAACAGACGUUCCGAAAUGUCACAGGUAAAAAAACUGAAAGGUGUUAGUUGGAGUGUUGGCGCCGUCGGGAACGCAACGUGGACGGGUGCGCGAUUGUGCGAUAUUUUAAAAGAUUUGGGAAUAAGCGAGGAGAAAUUCAAUCACGUUCAGUUCGAAGGAUACGAUCUAGAUCCAUCUGGUACACCGUACGGUGCAAGCAUCCCGAUCUCCAAUGCUAUGGAUCCGAGAAAAGAAGUCAUUCUGGCUUACGAAAUGAAUGGCGAACCGUUGAGCAGAGAUCACGGAUUCCCGAUACGAGUAAUCGUUCCCGGAGUUGUCGGAGCUAGAAAUGUGAAAUGGCUCGGUAAAAUCUCCGUUUCGAAACAAGAAAGUCAGUCGCAGUGGCAACAGGGCGAUUACAAGGGGUUUUCACCGAGCACGACUUGGGACAACGUGGACUUCAGUAAAUCGCCCGCUAUACAAGAAAUGCCCGUAAUUUCAGCAAUAUGUGAUCCGCAGAAUUCAGACACGGUUGAAGUCAAAAAUGGCAAAAUAGAAGUAAAAGGUUACGCGUGGUCUGGCGGUGGUCGGAAGAUAAUUCGCGUGGAUGUGACAAAUGAUGAAGGCAAGACUUGGCACACGGCAGACUUAACGGAAGAUCUUCAGGCGAAACAAGGUCGUUACUGGAGUUGGACAUUGUGGAAAGUGGAACUUCCCGUCGCGAAGAAUACGAAGGAGACUAAAAUCUAUGCAAAAGCAGUUGACUCGGCGUAUAACGUCCAACCGGAAUCAUUUGAAAAUAUUUACAACAUUCGAGGACUACUCUGCAACGCGUAUCACAAAGUAACAAUUAAAUUAAAGCAGUAAAAAAAUCCAU